CAGAGAGAAAGAGGGAGGGACAGUGGAGUAACCGUAAGAGGAGAGAUGUAGUAGAGAUUGUGCACCUGACUGAGAGAGGACAUGGAAGAAUGCAGAGCAUCUUUUGACCUUAUAUUAGGACAACCCAAAAACCAAACAAAGAAAAGGAAUUUUAAAAGAAAAGGUGUGGACAGGCUGAAGAAUUGAUAGAAGACAUUGAAUAGGAUGGACAGAAUAGGAUCCCAAGCAAUGAAGAAAAGAAAUGAAGCCUGUAUAUUGAACCGCUGUUGAGAAAGAGAGCGCAGAAGAGCCGUGACAGUGCAGGGUGACAUCACAAAUUGAUGGGCUGUAGAGCGUGAGCACCAAACUUAAGCACCUGGACAAAAACUGCAUCGACAAGAAUGCAUCCUUCCAAACUACAGUUGUAGCAUCCGAUUGCUGUUGAACAUGCAAUGGUCUUUAGAGCUGAGAAACGGAGGAUUCAAGUAAAUAAUGUGAAUUUUGCAAAAGGCAUUCCAGUUACGGUUCUUAACAAAAAGCGUUUUUCAACUCAUCUGAACCAACACGCCUUACUUCUCUUCCAGAAAUCUCCUCCUCUGGGGGGUCUUUUAUUGCAUUGAUCUCUACUUUCUCUGGCACUCUCUUUAUUGCUUUAUGUGAUGGAUAUCUAAGGAUCAGUCACCAUGCCAGUGAUGAAAGGGCUCUUGGCCCCUCAAAACACCUUUCUCGACACCAUUGCCAAGCGUUUUGAUGGCACACACAGUAACUUCCUGCUGGGCAAUGCUCAGGGAAGUCGAGGGUACCCUAUUGUGUACUGUUCAGAUGGGUUCUGUGACCUCACCGGGUUUGCACGCACCGAAGUCAUGAAGAAGACAUGCACGUGUCACUUCCUGCACGGACCGGAAACAAGUGAGAGAGUGACCCAACAGGUGGAGAAAACUUUAGAGGGACAGAGGGAGUUCCAGACGGAGGUUCAAUAUUACAGGAAGCACGGAACGUCGUUCUGGUGUCUGUUGGACAUCGUGCCUAUUAAAAAUGAGAAAGGAGAAGUGGUUCUGUUUCUCUUGUCCUUUAAAAAUAUCACUGACUCGUACGGCAAAUCACAUCCCUGCUCUAACACAGAAGAGGAUGGCACUCAAAGCAGGAAGUCUGGUGGAACCCAUCUGAGUCAAGCUCGUGAGCGAGGCCGUAGCGUUCUGUACCACCUGACCUGUCAGUUCACCAAUAGGAGCAAAAGGAAGCUGCCUAAUCAUGUUUUUUCACAGCCAACCCUACCGGAGUACAAGGUGGCGUCGGUUCAGAAGUCUCGUUUCAUCUUGCUCCAUUACAGUGUGUGCAAAGCCUUGUGGGAUUGGUUGAUCCUCCUUGCAACAUUUUACGUGGCUGUGACCGUCCCCUACAACGUCUGCUUCUCCGCUCCUGACGACAGCGAACAUGACAACCCAGACUGUAACUCCGCCUCCAGAACCACCCUCGCCAGCGACAUAGCUGUGGAGAUGCUUUUCAUCCUCGACAUCGUCCUGAAUUUCAGAACCACCUACGUUGGGCCCGCGGGUCAGGUGGUUUAUGAUUCUCGCUCCAUCUGUCUUCACUACUGCACCACCUGGUUCAUUCUGGAUCUCAUAGCUGCCCUGCCAUUUGACCUGCUCUAUUUAUUCAACAUCUCAGUGACUUCCCUCGUCCACUUAUUGAAAACUGUGCGAUUACUCCGUCUGCUGCGCUUGCUGCAAAAGUUGGAUGGUUAUUCUCAGUACAGCGCCGUGGUUCUUACUUUGUUAAUGUCUGUGUUUGCCCUGCUGGCACACUGGCUGGCCUGCGUUUGGUACGUCAUUGGUCGCAAAGAGCUUGCCAGCAAUGACCCCCUAACCUGGGACAUCGGUUGGCUGCAAGAGUUGGGGAAGCGUCUGGAGACUCCGUACACCAAUGGUACAGUUGGUGGCCCUUCGUUGCGCAGCGCCUACAUUGCUUCUCUGUACUUCACGUUGAGCAGUCUGACUAGCGUUGGAUUCGGAAACGUCUGUGCCAACACAGACGCUGAGAAGAUCUUCUCCAUCUGCACCAUGCUUAUCGGGGCGCUGAUGCAUGCGGUGGUGUUUGGGAAUGUGACAGCCAUCAUCCAGCGCAUGUACUCUCGCCGUUCCCUCUACCACACGCGCAUGAAGGAUCUGAAAGACUUCAUCCGCGUGCACCGCCUGCCCCAGCAGCUGAAACAGCGCAUGCUGGAGUACUUCCAGACCACCUGGUCUGUCAACAACGGCAUCAAUGCCAAUGAGCUUUUACAUGACUUCCCAGACGAGCUGCGUGCAGACAUCGCCAUGCACCUCAACAAAGAUAUUCUGCAGCUUCCCCUCUUCUCCUCAGCCAGUAGGGGGUGUCUACGUUCCCUAUCUCUGCACAUUAAGACGUCGUUCUGUGCGCCUGGCGAGUAUCUUAUUCGCCAUGGAGACGCCCUGCAUGCUCAACACUUUGUCUGCUCGGGGUCUCUAGAAGUGUUGAAGGACGGCAUGGUGCUGGCCAUACUGGGUAAAGGAGACCUGAUUGGUGCAGACCUGCCGGGGAAGGAUCAGGUGAUCAAGGCUAAUGCAGAUGUGAAAGCUCUGACCUACUGUGACCUACAGUACAUCAGUGUAAGAGCUCUUCAGGAGGUUCUCGAACUCUACCCAGAAUACAGCAGCCGCUUCAAUGAGGAUAUACAUCACAAUCUCACCUACAACCUCAGAGAGGGCCAAGCCAGAUUUACACGCUCAACACGACUCCCACAGGAACGCUUUGACGAUUCAAAGCUGCCGUUCAUUGUGGAGACUGAGCAAGAAGAAUCCGGACAGGACAUGGGCCGGAAACCCCUGCUCUCUGGGUUUGGUGGUCCUUCAUCACAACCUAAUCUUAGUGCCAUGCUGGGGGAGGAAUUUCGAAACCUCAGUAUGCUCCGGCUCUGCAGGUCCCCCAUUCAGAGCUCCCGGGUACAAAGCCCCUCUCCUCAGAUGCCACUCAAUGAGGACCUGUCUGUUGGCACUGUGCCCGCUCCUCGAACAGAAAAGAACUCCUGCCACAGGCCAGCCAAACUUCUUAUUCCUGCUCUGAACUGUGUCAGUCCACUGGACCUGAGCCCAAGGGUUGUUGAUGGCAUUGAGGAUAAUGAACAUGCGUUUCAUUUCAACGUUGAGCAUAGUGACCAGUCUCCUAACACAGAGGUCAAAGACCCAUUUCAGGUGGGCGCAAACUUGCUGCUUGAGACAGAGGAAGUCAGACAGAGUCUCCGUCAGCUCAAUGCAGAGAUGAACCACCUGAACCAGGAAGUGUCCUCGCUGACCAAGGAGCUUCAUGAAAUGAUGCAGUUCCUGCACAGCCACGUGACCCCAUCUCACUUCACUUCCUCUCUUGCCCCCUUCAGCUCUUACAGCUGUCACACGUCAUCCAACUUUACCAACGUGGCCUCCUCUACAACCGACUGGUCAUCUCGGCUGGGCUAUAACAUGUCUGCUGGUGCCUGUUUACAACCGGACACCUCUCUGAGAGAUUCUUUAGGAUCCAGGCACACGUGCACUUGCGGUGAAAGCCAUGCCCAGGAAAGAGGCUCUGUUUUGGGGCAGGAAGGGGACAUUGAACUCCUUCAUCAAACGCCUAAUCCCCACUCAACCUACACCCAUUUUCCAUGCUGCCCUGACCAGGAAAGGGUUGCCACCCUGGGCGUAGAGAGUCAGCCAAUCCCCUGUCAGACUUCUAAGACCACACCCAAUUCACCAUAUCUAAGACAUCAGGGUCCCCGUACUGGAGGGUCUCUCCUGGGCUUGGCUUCAGCUUUUCCCGCCAGUGGAUUGGUUCCUCAGGUUAGAAGUGGAGGUUCCACUGUUACCCCUAGCAACACGUUGCCUCUAUGCAGCUAUAGCGUCCAGAGUCAAUCUCAUCCUUCUCUGAGUUUACAGAUGACCUCUGACCUAACGUGCCAGCAUUCCAGAGCUCCCACGCCGAUCCAUUCAUCCAUUACACCAACAGGCCCAUCACAACCUCUCAUAGCUGUCAGUUCACUUAUGCAUGCUGGGAUUUGUAGUACAAAUAUGCUGCAUUUCCCCACGGGACCCAGACAGAAUGACCUGGUGGGGUCAAGUCCUUUUCACGUACUUAAUCCCAUUUUAGCAUCUACUGGAGAAAAGGAAAAAUCAGAACAUGGACCUGCUAAGGAGUGACGUAGCUAAUCCUGGAUGAAGAUGCAUGUACAUGCUAACGUUAACAGUGUCUUUGUCUACUGCAUGGUUACUGCCUUCGCUUAGGACAAAUACAGCGCAUUUGCCAUGCUGUGUAUAUGGGUUAUAUUAGAUAUAUUGCAGUGGCAAAUUGGUGGUUUGCGGCUGUGGGUUCUGAGUUUUGACCAAGACUAUUGUUUUAAGAUAAAUGAAAACUCCACAAUUACAGUGGAACUUGUCUGAAUGAGUCAUUACCCCUGUUUGUAUUUAGGCUACGCGUGCAGUCUGUUCCAACUGUUAGUUUUAUGUUGCUCCACAGGGCUUGGUUUUACAUUGGCAAUUUCACUGUGUAGGUUUUGUACACUGUCCCCCGGGACUGAGUCAUGCAUCACAAAGUGCCAGAAUUUCCAGGCUCUGUUGUCACGCUGCGUUUUUGUCAGAGCCCGAUUUUGAAGCUCUACGUUUAAAAAACUUGAAACAGAUAAAUGUAUCUUUAUUACCCAGACACAUUUCAAAAGUGCAUUACUUUGAUCUCAGUUUAUAUGUUUAAAAGCAUGUGUAAAAUAUGUAAUGAUAAUGAUAUGGAUUUAUUUUUGUGGCUGAGCGUCUGAAAAAAUAUAUUGAUUCAUGCACAUGAUUUAUAUUCAUUUAGUUCUCUCACUUCAAAUAUCAUUUUUAAAGACUUUCUCUUGCAAAAUGGGCCUCUUUUAUACUGGUAUUGUUAAAUAAAUCUCUCAUCUGAGCCUAAAUGAAAAGCCAUGCAAUUGUAAAAAAAAAAAGAAGAAAACAUUUGCCUGUUGACAAUGUCAUCCUCGGAGAAUAAACCAUAAACUUGUUUGCCAGCCAUUGCUUAUUUAAUGGAGUAGAUUUGAUUGGCCAAUUACUUGAGAAGCAGGCUGUCUGGACUUAAAUAACAUAACAGAUUGUAUUGGCAGUUAAUUAGGCUCCUUUGCGGCAGAUAGGCUACUGUAGCUGCGAUUUUUAAGAUGUACUACUGAAACCAGAACUUCAGGAGGAAUUACUUAUUGAUUCCUCACGAAAGAAAUCCAUAUAGUUUCUCUCCCGUGGGCUAUUCAAAGGUUAAACAAUAAAUCUUUAGGCUACAAAAUACCACGUAAAGAGCUUGUUGAUAUUGUUUGUUUGCUAAAAAGUUCAUCACAGAAACUGUACGAUGUCAACGUGAUAAAUAUACAGUUCACAUGCUCAACCUCCAAAGACACAGUCCAAACAAGUUUAUACAACAUAUACUAAUACUGCUGUGUUGCACAGAUCUCUCUUAGGCUCUCUUUAUCUCUGUACGCCCACUAUAUCUCUCUCUUUCUCUCGCCCUCUCUCUUUCUGUCUACAUCAGGGCUCCAGACACAUCAUUAGCCGCAGGAGGCUACCCACACACUGCUCGAUUGAGGGAUAAUCUUAAUACUAACAACCUGUUAUCUCUCAGUCCCUCCCCAGGACGCUCUGAUGUAUGUCAACAAAUUAUGAAGUAUCUACAGUAUAUCUCUGCAUCUCUUAUGGUGUUUUUAUAUAAUGUUGUUGGCGGAUGGGGCAGUCAGUGGGCGUUGAUUUGGCCUGCUCAAAUAUCUCAGAUUAAUUUAUUAUUAAAAAUGAUUAAAAAUCUAUCACAGGCAAAGAUCCAGACAUAAAGUAUAGCCUAUUAUUGAGGGGAAAUAACAGCCCAAAGGUACAUUUAUAGAGAUAGACAGUCCAUCAGGACUGAAAACUAGGGCUUCUAAUAAUUAGUUCUAGAAGACCUAAAAUAUAGAAUGUGGUCCUAAGCUUUAAACUUUAUUAUUAUAAACUUAAUAUUUCCUAGAUAAUGAGUGGAAACGGUUGUCGGUGUGUAACUUUUGCGCAGUUAUUAAAGCAGAAUAUGUGCGCUCUCCGCCUCCACACAACCUUAAUGACACGCUGCUCACUGAUUGCUGCACAUAUACCGCUGCGAUAAUUAGCAGGUUUUGUUGAAUCUAAAGCAUUGUAGAAAAUAUCAGAUUUAAAUACCAGUAUGCGACUACGAGCUAAAUAAAGAAAAAUGACAUUGGAUGAAAACGUUUACGGCCUCUUUGAAGCGCAGACAAAAUUAAUCGUAAUUAAACUAUUCUGUGGGUCUUAUAUAGUUCAUACUACUGCUGACAGAUGAAAACCACGUUAACACACCGAAAUGAAAUAUAAACCAUUUAAUGUUUAAUUGACUAGCGGCUAGCCUGUAGCGCCCCGGCUUGGCGAUAAUUGUUUACUACAUGACUUUGAGGCACAUGCAGUGCUGAUUUUACACUUAGAGCCUGUUAUUUGGUUUGACAACGAACAAGAGUCAGUUAUUUUCCAUGACAAUUUUACAGAGUACCC